AUGGGGCCCCGAGAGUCGUCCAGUAGAGCAGCAUCGACCAAACCGUGGUCCUCCGGCCGGGUAUUGACCCCCUCCCAGCGAGAGCGAAAACGCUACAAGGACCGGGUGUCCAAGCAAGAGAAACAGGGAAAAGAAAAUGAGACUCUCAAGCAUCUCCAGAGCCAGGUUGUGGCACUCCAGAAUGCCCUUCAAUCUCACAGGAUACUUCCGGUGCCGAUGUCUCCAGAUGAGUCCGUAAACAGCUGCCUGUUGUCUCCACCCACUCUUGAUACACCCUUACAGGGGCAGCCUUGCACAGUGCUGGCCUCCCCUGCUGCUCCCUUCAACUCACAAAAGCUGCCAGCGUCUUUUACAGACGGACUGUCGACCACUUGGCCAGCAAUCCCUCCUUCCCUACAAGCGAGUGACAGUUAUACGAUACUUGAAUUUUCGGACAAAGUGCUGCGGGAACCAUCACAGUUCAGUAUCCUAGACAUCUGCUCCGAUGCCCAACUCAAUCAAGAUGCCAUUAUCCGCGGGGUCCUCGAGGGCUGGCACUUUAUGGAGAACAGGGCAUAUUCGUGCCCGCUGUGGAAGAUCAUCAGCCAAAUUGACGAGCUGAUCUUCAUGCAAAGUGGGAUCUUGACACGGCUAGCAAUGCUCAGCACCAUCCUCAAGAUGCUGAUGGCAGUGGUGUACGAAAACAACUUUGGCGAAAUUCCAUCGUGGUAUCGACCGAGGUUUGUACAUCUCCUGAUCUAUGACCGUUGA